AUGUUAGGUAGGAACACAAGAUCCCAAGAACCCAUCAUCCUAGAUAUGGGAGAUCGUGACCCUACGGGUAUAAACUCCUAUUUAAAGGUAAAUUUGUUGUUUCCUUUCGUCUACUUUAGAGUAACUUGCAGAUCCAACGAAUUAUCUAAGAUAAUUCGCCAGAAUGUUGUGGUUACAUACAUGGAAGAAAGUCGCAAUAGGAUGUAGCAAAUACUUAACUAGAGUCCUGCGAUUCCAAUAAGGGCAGGGAGGAGGGGGGGGGGGGGAGUGAAGUCUUGAUAAACUCCAUAAAAGCACUGUUCACCGGCUCUAAUAAAAUCUGCUAGAAAUCUGAAGUUUACAUUUUGGUUUAUUCAUGGGUUUGCACCAUUCGAUACGUACUCAGCAAUUCAACGCUACCUUUAUCAUGAAGUAGAAUUUCAAAUAGAGCGCGAUUUGUUUGUUUUUGCCAUAUGAAAUUAUAAGAUGCGAUUAGUUUCACUGAAAAAUACAACUCUCCCUAGACACGAGUCAAGUGUUUGCCGCAUUGCACCUGUCACGCUCUACACACUCCCCUCGUAGGCGCUGCGUGACAAACUCAACAACCUCUGCUAGAGAGACUAACGUAUAUCGUAACACCGGGAUUAUCAUGAAAAAGCUUCAAUAAUUUAUAAAAAUUACAUUACAGGAACUGCUAUUAGUUACUUUGGCUUAAAAUAACAUUUUGAAAAUCACAACCACUAGGAAACCAAGGAUUCUACGGCAAUUCUAGCGACGACAGGGCUCUAAUAGGGAAGUUUGUGCACUUUUUCAUUAAAUUUCUUUUACUGAAAAAGUUCUUAAUUUUUUCCGUAGGUGGAUUUCAUGGAUUUGAUAGCUGAACCUGAAGGAUUUCAAUCCCACAAGAACCUGCACAAGUGCGCCUUUAGAACGUACAACUUCACUAAAAACUGCUGCUACUUUGGGUUGACGCUCAUCUUUGGGGGUCCACUGGCAUUCUGUUUUGGCUGCUACUUUGCCUGUAUCGGGUUCGAGUACGUUUGGUGUGUGAUACCUUGUGUUAAGGCGUGGCUGAUAAGAUUGGAGUGCUUCGGCAGGAUCUUUGCAUACUGCAUCAAGAAUUUUUGUGACCCUUGUUUCUACUCAAUUGGGAAAAUCUUUUCUAGAAUUCAUGUCAAGACUGAAACGGUUUAG